CCACUCAGGACGACGGCCGAGAUGGACAGUGUGAACUCGACGGAGGCAAGCGGGUUGCCUCACUCGACCACCUCACUGGUCUUCAUCUGCUUCUUCGCCCUCCUCAGUCAGGGACUCACCAUCGGCGGUAACAUCCUCGUCAUGCUGGCCUUCCGCAUCGAGCGUCGUCUCCACAAGCCUAGCAACUACUUCUUGUUGAGCCUGGCAGCCGCCGACCUUAUCAUCGGCCUUUUCUCCAUGCCCGUGUAUUCCCUCUACCUCAUCAUGGGCACCUGGCCCUUUGGUUCUGUUGUUUGUGACCUGUGGAUAUCCGUGGACUACGCAUGCUCAGAGGUUUCCGUGUUGAACCUGAUACUCAUAAGUGCGGAUCGAAUGUGGUCAGUACGUAGCCCUGCCCGCUACAGGAACAAAAUGACACUGCAACGCGCGGUGAUAAUGAUUAUCCCUACAUGGGUUUUACCUAUACUGCUUUAUUUUACAUCCGUUCUCGGUUGGACUAAAUUCACAAAUACUCAAGAUACACGACCCAAUGGACAAUGUUAUUUACCUUUUAUGCAGGAUGCGCCUGUUUUCACAACAAUUUCGACAAUUUUUGUGUACUGGGUGCCGUUAAUUGCAAUUUUUAUCAUGUACGCUAACAUCUAUAGGACCAUUAGAAAUUUAGCGAAAAGGAAGAAAAAGGGCAGGGAAAAACGACCGAGUUCUGCACUGCCUCGUCCAUGCCCUGAUCAACUGCAGCGGAUAGCUCCUGUGGAGCCCUCUUGUCUCGAAACCGAAGCUCCAGGUAUGGUGACAGACUACACGACAACGACGACGACCACGACGUCCACAAGUCUCACUGUAGAGCCUUCACGUCCGGACGUGGCACGUGUCGGGGUUAACAAAUGCCUCGUGAAGCGAAACAAAUCAGAUGCGGAUAGUUGUCUCGAUUCCAGCGAUGAAACAUCGUCAUCGGAGCGAAGACCAGAAAGCACAAUGUCGGCGUCGUCAAAGAAUGCAGUGGAGUCAAAAUCAAAGCGAGUAAAUAAUAACAAGGUGAAAGUUGGUUCGUUAAAGCGAGGUAAUCAAGGAAGUAUGAGUGGAAGUAAGCGAGGUUUUCGCAGGACGCGUUCACAACGCGGGGAAAGACAAAGUCGAAGCGAGCGGAAAGCAACACGCACCUUGACCUUCAUUUUAGGGGCUUUCUUUAUCACAUGGAGUCCAUACUCCACCAUCGUCAUCAUCAUGGCAUGGUGUGAGACAUGUGUUCCGGAUGCGCUCUAUCAUUUUAGUUAUUAUCUCUGCUAUAUCAACAGCACCAUCAACCCGCUCUGCUACGCCUUCGCCAACGAAUUAUUUCGAGCGAGUUUCCAUAAAAUUCUGACUUGUAAGACGUGCCGUGGAUAAUAGCUUGCAUGUGAUGGGAAUGAAGAUGUUUCUGUUUAAAAAAAAAACUAUCCUGAGUUGAAACAGUUGUGGUCUUCUUAAAACGAGGAACCCUUUUCUGACAAAAAUAUUGACAAUGUGAUGCUAAUUUCAUUCGUUCCACACAUUGACACCACCUGUGGAAUACACAAUCAAAUUCAUCACGACGAAUGUGUGACGUCAUCGUUACGUAGCUUCUGUGCACUAACACUGAGUCACGUGAUACACACACGUUGCCAGCAUAUUAAUGGACGACAAUGAUAAGAAUGAGUCUAAACUGUACAGAACUCAUUACACAUAAACUAUGAACCAGUGUAUCACGUGACAGCAAGCUUGUAAUCGUUUCACUGUUUCAAACACGCCCCACCUGACUGAAUAUCAUCUUGAAGAAAAAAUAUCUUGAAAAUAUUCACCGAGAUUAUAUCAACAUGGAAAUGGACGUCUUCUUUCUAAAAAAUUCACUGAGUGUUUCCCCAUUACUGUAAAUAAUGACAAAAGAGUUCGUUCGUCAAUUUAGUCGGUCCAUUAGAUGGUCAGUAUAGGCAGUGCAUACCAAAUUACCUUUCAACCCAUGUUAUCUUCCGAUGUACAAUACCUUAUCCCUAGUUACACAACAUGUAGUAAGAGUAAUUUAAGGAAAACUGAUCUUGAUAUCAACAUUUGCAUUGUUUUCGACACAGUAACAUGUCUCAUAAGUUUGUUUUAAUCUAGGACCAUUGUUGUAGAGCAACCGAUUUAUCUGGUUAUGAAAUUGCAAUCAAUUGCAAUAAUAAUGAUAUAAUGUAUGCAAGUUCUGUAGGUAAAUAUUGGUACUCACUGGAAAAGUCUAUAUUGAUUAAUUUCUCUUUUGUCUCCACUAUACGAUGACGUAAUGAUUUUAUAAGAAAGGGUUUGAUCCCAACAGGUACAAAUUAUAUGUUCAAUACAAUUUCGAACUAUGAAUCAACAGACAUAAACAAAAAUAACUUCCCGAACUGCCUGUUUAUGUCACUACCAUGCAGAAAAAUGUGAAGCAUUUUCCCAAUACCAUGCUUCAUAUAUCAUUUUUUUUAGUUUGUAUUUUUAUUGGCGAGAAUUGGAUUUGAAAAAAACAGGAGAGAAAGAGGAAACAUGAAAGAAUAUAUCGAGGGGAACACAAUAGGUCCGUGAGUGUAAUGUGUUGGGGAAAAUAAUCAAUAUGUUGGUUUUAUAUGAUACAAAUAUAUAUUUACAUAUUUUCAAACAAAUAGAUUAUUGAAGAAAACAAAAAUGCUUCGUAUCGUUGAUUAAGGAGUAAGGUAGCCAAAUGUAUUUGUUGUCUUUAAUCCUUUAAGCCCUUAAAAUUCGCUAACGCUAUUGCAGAUAACCCAAUUUUUAUUUAAAUUGAGUGAAUGUCUUAUGUUGGGGGAAGUGGACAAACUGAUGCGAACUGUGUGAAUAUAUUAACGUUGCGAUAAGUGUAAUAUUGAAAUGUUGAGAUUAGAUUCGAGAGAAAGAGAGGUAAGAAAGAAAAGGAGCAGAGGAGUGAGACUUAUUAAACUAGAAAUAAUUGAAGAAAUAAUUGAAUAAUGGGUGAUAGCAGGAACUGAGACAAUAAGGGGGAAAUCAAUAGUGAGCAAAGAAAGAAAGUAUGUAAGUUUCAUCCUCUAUUACAGGAUAAUGUGCACCAAAAUCACAAAAUGCUCUCCAAGUCUGUGCACCGAGGUAUAUUUCAUUCACUUACAUUGUGAAUAACAUUCGGAAAGAGAUGUGAUUUUAUGGCGACAGAGAUAAGAGAGAAAGGGAAAGAGAGGGAGACAGAGAGAGGGGAGAGAGAAAGAAAGGG